AUGAAAUAUUUAAUAUUUUCAAACCGUACAAUUUUAAUAAUGUAAUAAGAAAAAGAGUGGCAUCAAUUUUAGCUAAUUAUAAUGUCUAUUCACAGAUUAGUAGCUGUUUCUAGGCUAAUGUUACAAUGCAAUCGUUUUUGUUCAGUUCCGUUAGGAAAAUAUCAUCAAAAACAAAAUCCAACAUAUCACAAAAAUGGGUUUCUCAUACAGCGUUGCACAAAACACACAAACACAAUAAAACAUGAAAAAGAAAAACUUAGGACAUAUAUCAUACAAAGAUACAUAGAAUAUGUUAAAAAUUAUACAAAAGUAUUAGAAAACAGAUUUCCAUCGGCUAUGAGAAUGUAUAGAGUUUUUAGUGUAGGCAUUAAAGAGUUUUUAAAAGAUCUAAAAACCUACAUUUCACUGAGAAUUAAAAUAGCUAAAAAUGGUGGUUUUACUAGCAUGUCUCGCCAAGAUAUAGAGUUAUACCAGAAGAUGCCUUCAGACAUGUGGAGGAUAGCUCCUGUUCUAAUAUUAUCAGCUGUACCAUUUGGAAACUAUGUGAUAUUUCCUCUAGCAUUUUUAAAACCAAAGACGAUGCUAAGUUCUCAUUUCUGGUCAAUUCAACAAAAAGCUGAAUUUACAGUACAAGAUCUUACAGAUCGUCUUAAGAAUAACAAACCGGUUUUUCGUGCACUUCAAGCAAAAAUUAACUCUGUUUCUUCAGGUGAUAUAGAAAAACAAUGGAAACGAAUUAUCGGCUUACUUGGCUCUGGUGUUCAUCCAACAGCACAAGAAGUAUUGACCUGUAAAGAUUUAUUUAGCAAAGAACCAUACAGCUUAUCUAAUUUGACAUAUUCCCACAUGGGUUAUUUGCUUAAAAUGUAUGGAUUAAGAAAAAGUAUAUUCAGAAGGAAAAAGUUGAAAUACAAAGCAUUCUUACUAUUACAAAUGGAUAAAGCAAUUGUCAGAGAAGGUGGUGUAGAAACUUUGAGCACAGACGCCUUGCGAAAUGCAUGUCUCAUUAGAGGCUUAAAUAGUAGUCACUUAUCUAACCAAGACAUGAGGAACUGGCUUCUUCAGUGGUUGCAAGUAUCGGAAAACAUUGAUUCAAGUUCAUUUUCUUUGUUGCUUCAUUGUCCUAUAUUUUUUGCAUACAACCAUCCUCAAAAUUGGGUACUAAUUUAUUGAAUUAUUUUUAGCAUUACAUUAAUCCUGUUUAUGUAUAUAUAACUUAUUUUAAAAAAUAGCAGUAUAUUCACAUUUUGGAAACAUAAUAGCAGUGGGCUCUAUUAUCAAAAGUUUCAGACAUUUUUUUUAGAUAAAGCAAAUUAGUAUUAUCAUGGCCAUACUACCUGAUUAAUUGAUUUGACUAAACAUGAUGGUUAAAUAAAAGUACAUCUCAUUAUUUACAUAAACACAAAUAAUUUCAGAUUGAUUUACUAUUCAUAACUUUUUUGUAAUAUAUUAUUUAUUAUUCAUUGUUUUUUUUUUCUAAUCUACAAAUUUAAACAAGUUACGAAACUGUACGAUCGCAUUUACACAUGCGUGUGGGUUACGAGGCGAAGCGCAAGUGUAACCAAUGCACUCGUCAAUCGCCACGCUAUUUAUCGUUCGGGGUGAUUCCUCCAGGAGCAAUUGUUCCAUCCUAGUCAUGGACGAGUGGUAAGACGAAAUUAGCUUUUACACACUCACGUUCAGAGAUGUACAAAUAUAGUUUGCGAAAAGCAUUCAAAUACAAAAUGCAAAUAUAUUUAUAAUUUACUAUUUCAAGUGCAAAAUAGGUAUUUUCAAAACACUUUAUUAAGUAAAUACUUUUAUUUGAAUUCUUUUUUUAUUUAUAAAUAAUUUUAACACUGUCACUCAUCUUCCUCCUGUGUGGUCGCAUUAUGAUACCAUACCACCUUAUGAAAAAAGUUUUUUUUUCUGGUUCUGAGCUUCGAAAACUAGUGUUGUAGUCUAAAAACACCUCUUUUAUUGAUGGGUAACGGUUUGGUAUUGCCAUACUUGUGCCUUCAUCUUUUAAGUUUUGAAGAGUUUUCGAAGUCUAUGACGGUAUUUAAACUACUACGCUCACUGAGGAAUCUUUUUUUUUCACGCUGAAAAAACGCAUUACGCAGUACCCUUUCCGUCUUAACGAGGAGCGUCACGGGUUCGCUUGCGCAUGCUACAGUGACGCUCUGACAGUCGGCUCGCCUUUGCAGGCCUCCAUUCUCUAAGGAGGAUUACCACCCUCGUAAUCACCCACUGAAAACCCCCCUUGGCGAUGCGUAUUGCUGCGAAGGGAAAAGGUGCUCAUAGCGCCUCUCAUCUCCCCGAUCUUCUUCGGCGGAGCAGGUCUGCAGCGGCGUCCUUUUCCCGCUCCCGCUUCGUGGCCUCUUUCUGCUUCUGCUACUUCACUCCUAAACAAAAGGGACGAAUGGCGCAUCUCACUCGUGGGGGUGAUGCUCUUUUAUGGGAGGCAAGUGCUCCUCGAUUCCGUCCAAUGAGGAAACUGAGUCUUGAAACAUGUAUUAAGACUCAUUUUUUUCUUUUUUUUCUGAUGACUGGCCUUUUUUUUCUCGCUGGAAAAACACAUUUAUGUGUUUCCCCCAUAUGAGGUGGGGGGUACGUGAGACUCGCCGGUGCUGAAGGCGCCGGAAUACCCACUAAAAAACCAGCGGUACCCACUCCGUCUUGUCGGGGGACGUCACGGGAUCGCUGGCGCAUACUACCGUGCCGUCCCGACGGUUGGCCCGCUUCUGUGGGCCUCCAAUUCCUAGGGGGUUCUCGGGGUACAGGAUACAGGUACCCCCUAGCCCCGGUGACACUCACGAUGGGAGGAGAAGAUGCGCAUAGCGCCGGCGUCUUCUCCCCGGUCUUCUUCGGCGAAGCGGGUCAGCGGAGGCACUCUCCUCACGCUCCUACUCCGCGGCCUCCUUCUGCGACAUGACAUUUUCGCAGAAGAAAACCAUAUACAUCCCGCACCUGUCGCUACCAAGUAUGGCAUUUAUCACGCUCGGCAGCGAAAGGUUUCCGCCGAUUAAAGUCGCCAGGGAAAGGCGCUGAGGCCCCCAAGCGGCACACUCUAUCAGAGUGUGGCAUGCCGUGUCCGUAGGCGCACCACACUCGUGGCAGGAGGGCGUUACCUCCCGCGUGACCAUUCCGAGUAGGUACUUACCGAAGCACCCAUGUCCAGUAAGCACCUGAGUCAGUCUGAAGGUCAGUGUGCCGCCUUUUCUCGUUACCCAGCGACUCAAGUGGGAACGGAUCGCCUCCACUGUCGCCAGGCCUGCUGAUGGGGACCUCAGAUCCUCCUUCCACCUGCGAAUCAGGACUUCCUGGGCGAGAGUCCUGAUUCGCACCUCCAACCCUGGACGGUCGCCACGCGAUCUCACUUCCGCCCGGAACCGGUACACUUCCGCGAGCACCUCCGCCUGGAGCUCCCAAGACGGAUCGCCGGAGCGGCGGAGAAGUGUUGCCGCCGUCCACGACACCGUACGAUAUCCGCGUAUCACCCUCACCGCUAUGAUUCUCUGCGGCCUUCGCAAGAGAGCCUUGUUCCGAGCGGCGUCUGAUGACUGGCCUGAUGGACCCUACCACUUUUCAAGUUUUCAUGUUUUAUUUUUCCCCACUUCUGCAAUGAAAAGUUCGUUAAUUAGUCCUUGUUUUUUUUUAUUAUACCAAUUAAAACAAUUUAAGAGAUUAUCCAGUUCCAAUAAGUACAAAAAUUUUUGCAUUCUAAUUAAUUUCGGUUACAGACAACCAUAAAAUAGUUCCUUCCAACUCCUAAUGGCUUCAGCUAUAAAUGUUCUCAAAAGUUAAUAGUAAAGUAUCUUGCAAAUAGAAAAUAUGUCUCAAAAAAUAUUUCAAAUAACAUACUAAAUGCUUUUAAAAAAAGUUAUUUAAAUGCAAAAUAGAAAAUACCUAUUUUGUAUUAACAUUUUAAAUACAAGUACUUCAAACAACUCUCAUGCUUGCUCUCUUGCAUAUCCCCAUAGAGUUGAUUACAUUCAUAUAAUUAAAGACUUCUCGAUAUCCAGUUUUUUUUAUUGCAGUAACGUAGACGCAUAGUUAAAAUGAGUUCUAGCGAAUGCUACCAGUACAUAGAAGUCUAUUCUUGAAAGUUGGGGUAAAUAAGUAUACGACACUAUGUAUACAGUCGUUUAGGAGUAAAAAAUGUUCGGUGAGCAUGCUUGUGUAAAUCCGCUAUUGAAAGUUUCAAGUGCAAAUUAGCAAUGAAUAAAAUAAUAUCCGAUUUAAUCAUAUAAAAUUUUAUGAUAAACUGUUUUAUAUAUUUUUAUGUAAAAGUUGUAGUGGUAUGGAAUGUAAGAGCUUAAUACAGCUUAUAACUUAGCUGUUGCGUCCGAGCAUCUUGAAGAUACUCUGAUGUUGUUAAUCUUUUAUUAAAUGUUAUAGAUUUAUUUUUGGAUUGUUACUGUUUUAUAAAUUUAUUAUUAAAUAAUUUAUAUGA